AUGGCAGUAACCGCCAACGCAGCCUCGCUGACUGACCUCUGCACCGUAUCAAACGUACAGGCCUCUCUCCCUUCCAACGGCACUCUACUGGGUAUCGAUUUACUCCCAAGCACUGUAACCGCCAGUGCCGUCUACAAUGCUACUCUUGGAGGUGGCGGUAUGGCGUCAACAGCUACCGAUGGUACUACCUACAACUACUGUAACGUCACUGUUAGCUAUGUCCAUACUGGAAAGGAAGAUGUCAUUCCUCUCAUCUUUGCCUUUCCCGAACCUUCUACCUUCGCCAAUCGUUUCUAUCUCUCUGGUGGCGGAGGCUACGCACUCUCCAGCGAUGCGACAGGAGGUUUGCCAUACGGCGCUGCUUCUGGAGCCACUUCGGCCGGCUACGAUGCUUUCAACCAGAACUUCGAUGCAGCAGUGUUAUACGGCAAUGGAACGAUCAACUGGGACGCCACCUAUGCCUUCGCCUACACCGCCCUCGGAGAGUUGACGAAGAUUGGAAAACCGGUCACACAGGCCUUCUACGGGUUGAACGACACCAAGGUCUUCACUUAUUUCGAGGGAUGCUCUGACGGUGGCCGCGAGGCUAUGAGCCAGGUUCAGCGCUGGGGUGAGGAGUACGAUGGCGUUGUGGCUGGUGCACCCGCCUUCCGCUACGCACAGCAGCAGGUUCUACAUGUCUACCCUGCUACAAUCAACGUUGUCAACGACUACUUCCCACCGCCAUGCGCGUUGGACAAAAUUGUCAACGCUACGAUUGCAGCUUGCGAUCCUCUCGACGGACGUGUCAUCUCCCGCACCGACCUUUGCAAACUCAACUUCAAUUUCAGCUCUCUGAUCGGCGAAAGCUACUACUGUGCUGCCCAGACCAGUACUUCCCUUGGCUUUGGGUUCAGCAAGCGUGGCCUCAGCAAGCGUCAGAUGCCAGGAAGCCAGACCAGUGCUCAACCCGAACAGAACGGCACCAUCAACGCCAAUGAUAUUGCAUUGGCGCAAGGUGUCUACGAUGGCCUUCAUAACUCCAAGGGCGAGCGUGCAUACCUCUCUUGGCAGAUUGGCUCGGAGCUUAGCGACGCCGAGCCAACGUACAACAAUGCGACCGGCGAGUGGGAGCUCAACAUCCCUUCCACUGGUGGCGAGUACGUGACCAAGUUCGUCCAGCUGCUCGACUUGGACAACCUUGCCAACCUCGACAACAUCACCUACGAUGAUCUCGUAGGAUGGAUGAACAUCGGCAUGGUCCGCUACCUCGACAGCCUGCAAACCACUCUCCCCGACCUCACGCCUUUCCAGUCUUCAGGCGCGAAGAUGAUCCACUACCACGGUGAAUCUGACCCUUCUAUCCCUGCUGCAUCCUCGGUCCACUACUGGCAGUCCGUUCGCUCGAUCAUGUACCCUAACAUGACCGAUGCUGAGGCUCAAGAAGCCAUGGCCGACUGGUACCAAUUCUACCUCAUUCCCGGCGCGGCGCACUGCAAUGCCAACGCUCUUCAGCCUGGCCUUUACCCGCAAGACAACAUGGCUACUAUCAUCGACUGGGUUGAGAACGGAGUGAAGCCUAGCCGCCUCAACGCCACCGUAGCGUCGGGCACCAACGCUGGCGAGGUGCAGCAGCUUUGCCAGUGGCCUGCGCGACCGCUUUGGUCUGGAAACAGCUCUGACUUUGACUGCGUUGAGGAUAAGGCAUCCAUUGAGAGCUGGACCUACACUUUCGAUGCUUUCAAGGUCCCAGUUUACUAA